UUUUUGCAUAAGUACAAAUCGAAAGUCGAACGCGAAUUCAAAAUGUUUUGUUACUAUGGCAACAAUGAAGUUUAUUUAUCAUUAUUAGAAUGUCAAAUGUUACUUACAAUGAACUGUGGAGAGAUACAGAAUCAUGUCUUGAAGAAAUUUUACAAACAGAUUCUAAUUUGCAAAAUGCUAAACCGCAAAAAGAUAGGAAGAAAAUUCAUAAAAUUAUUUCUGAGUUGUAUGUUAGGUACAUCGUAUGCUGUAAUAAACUAGAGCAAUGUUACGAUCAAAUGAUCCAGCCGCAAAAGCGCAUAUUGCUGCGUAAACUUCUAGACUCAACACUAGGAAGAAUAUUAGAAAUAAAACACGAGCUGGUGGAAGUAGACCUCUCUGAGUACAAUUACUAUGACGAUGUACUACUAAAGUAUGGAAUUUUACCCCAAGAAGUAGAACUAAGAAUACCUAAUUACUUCAGGCGAGAAAGAGAGUCUGAAAUCUUGCAGCGUCGAGAGUUCAUCAGCGAAGUUUUAAGAAAUGCAGGUGUCCUGGAUGAAGUCGUGCAGCCGCGUAAAAUGACUGAGUCCGAAGCUAUAAGAUUGAUACAGACUCACGAAAGAGCCCGUCAGGGACGUGUCAGAUUUCAAUUCAUGAAAGAAAUCCGAGAAAUGAAAGAAAGGUCGACUAUAAAGCCAGAAGUAGCUCAGGUCGACGUUCUCAGAGAGAUAAUGGCUACAAUGAGAAUCCAGAAAGUCUGGCGUGGUUACAUAACGCGAAGACGAAUGAGAAAGAGAAGAAUUGCAGAGAUGCUGUUGAUUGGAAUGGUACAACCAGGUCAAGUUAUUACGGAUAAUUAUAGGAAUGCUGAGAAAAUAAAACUUCACAGGUACGCAAAGCAGGUUGAGUACCAAGAAAUCUUCGAGAAGAAACUUGCUGAGAUCAAGGAUUAUGUUAGGAGCGAGAAGAGCGCUAUCAUGGAAGAAAAUAUAAGAAGUGACAUCAGGCAGUGGAUUAAUGAGUACUUCCAGCAGACUGGCAAGAUACCCGAGCUUCCGUCGGCCGAAAGCGGUGGCUCCAGGAUGAUUUUGAGCCGACAAGGCACCGAGAGCUCGAUGAGCAAGUCAAAAGAGUCAUCUUCAUCGAAAGAGUCCAAAAAAUCUAAAAAGUCCAAGUCAAAAAAAGAGAGCGAUACCGAAAAAUCCGAAGAUGAAUCUGACCCUGGGAUCAAAGUGGUUCCUUCGAAUUUUCUUCCUGAAUUAAUCCAAGCGCAUACCGAGUAUCAGGAUGUCUGGAGGGACAAAGACGAGUCCGAGAACCCUUGGCAGCUGCCUUACGACGACAUGAUUCUGUCUGAAAAGACCCGAGAGAUCGAGGAUGAGGUAAGAGUCGGGGUUGAUCAAGCGCUCAGAGACGAUAUCGAGGCGCUUCAGGCAGCGCUGGACCGAGACAAAGGACACAAAGGUAAACGGGCUAAAAAGCCGCAAAAGCGAAUGCGUCGGAGUGGAAAACGUAAUAAACGCAAGAAAGAGAAAGACUUGACGCCUGAUCGAACUACGGAAUCACUCUUUGAGGAACUAUUGACCCAGGGUAUUAUUAAACUCGUUCCAGAAGUUUAUUUAAAUUGUUUUAGAGGUGAAAAAUCUUACGCGAAUUUUGAUCUUUGGGACAAAGGGAAAGAUCCUCUUCCUACGAUAGGCGAUAUUAGACAAUUAGUAGCCGAGUACUGUAUCUUGCCUCAAGGAAAUGAAGAUGUGAAGUUAUUGUCACCGCUAGUGCGAUCAGUUCUGAUAGCGGGACCGCAUGGUAGCGGUAAAAAAAUGCUAGUCCACGCAAUUUGCACUGAAUUGGGCGCAACUCUAUUCGACAUAACUCCAGCUAAUAUAGCUGGCAAGUAUCCAGGAAAAUCUGGACUGAUAAUGUUGCUCCAUUUAAUUUCAAAGGUAUCGCGUCUGCUCCAGCCUUCGAUAAUUUUUAUGGAUGGCGCCGAGAAACCUUUUGUCAAAAAAGUCCCCAAAACCGACAAAACCGACCCCAAGCGCCUAAAAAAAGACUUGCCGAAGCUCGUUAAAAGUUUCAUUAAUGAAGAUCGAGUCAUUCUGGUCGGUACGUCCAAUGCUCCUUGGGACGGCGAUCAGAAGUUGUUGUAUCAGACGUAUGAUAAAGUUAUUUACAUUCCCAGGCCAGACUAUGGAUCGAUGUCGAUGCUGUGGAAAGAUUUAUUGUACAAAUACUCUGGAAUCAGUCGACAGUUCGAUACAUCUGCAAUGUCAAAAAUUUGCGACGGAUUUACCGUCGGUACUGUUAUUGCCGCGAUUAAUGAAGUAAUGACUACAAAGAGAAUGGUCCAAUUAAGAGUUCAGCCGCUAACCCACGUUGAAUUAGUAAAUGCUUUAAGUACCCGUGAUCCUGUUUAUAAAGAAGAGGAGGAAGCUUUUCUAGCCUGGUACUCAAAAACACCAACGUGUCGCAAGAAGCAGCGAGCUGUAGAGCAAGAGCUCCAAAAGCUAGAAGAGGCUAACGAAAAGCAGAAGAAAAAAGGAAAAAAAUAAUGAAACAUUGAUAAUUUAUUUAGAAUUAUUUUUUAAGUGAUAAAACUAUCUUCUAGAGUUAUUUUUUAUUAAAAAAGUUUCAUUAUCUGACCUCUGCUAGUUUAUCAGUAAACUGUGUCUCGAUUCACUAAAAAUUUAUAUAAAGUUAAAAAUAAAAUUGAUACAUUGAUCGGGCAAUUAAUUUCACGUGUGCCAUGAGUGACAAUAGUAUAUUACAUAUAUAAUUCGCGAUAUGAUAUCAUAACAUCUCGGACAUUUUGUACUCUUAAAAUAAAAUAAUUCAUAUUUGUCACUACUAUCAUUGUUACAUUAUAUUCUUUGGACAAAAGUCCUAUUAAGAGAUA